AUGGCCCAUCUCUCACCCGGCGCCAUCUUCUCCCCCACAGCAGCUCGGCAACAGCUAGCCGCAGCGAAAGAUUGGAACUACAUCGACAAUUGGCUCUCGAUCAAAUUCAACGGCAAAAGCCCGCCGUCAUUCGAGCGUAACAACGACACACUCAAGGCCCUCCUCGCCCUCGCAACCCUCAACGACACCGCAGACGAAGAGCGCGACCUCCUCGCCCGUAUCGAUGCCAAAGCUCUUCAAGACCUCCAAGCGAAGGAAGAAGCCGAUCCCCAUACCGAACUCCUAGCCUCCCUCGAAGAAUGCCUGACGCGCGAAGGUCAAACCAGUCUGGAAGCACUGUCGACGUUAAGUGUGGCUCUCAACCAGCCGGUUCCUACGACCGAGAGACUGGGAAGGGCUAUGCUUGAUCUGCAGGUUGCAUCCUACGAUUUGGACCAGGCUAGCGAGCGGAUAUCAAUUCUGGAAGCGCAUCUGAUCAGUGAGCUUGAGAGUAUCAAUGUACUGAUCGGGGACUUGCAAGGGGAUGCGUACCAGCCGUCAGCGGAUCUUACGAAGCAGACGAUUGAUUACCAGAGGAGGGCUAAAGCUUUAUCCUCCAAGCUUCCCGAACUGAAGGACCGAGUGGCUUCGUUAUCAGCGGGUACUAGCACGAAGAUUACUAUUCAAGAUGUGAAGAUGGAGGAAGACAAGUUCAAGUCUCUGAUGGAGACUGUGAAGAAUCUAGAGGCGCAAGUGAAGAGCUAUCAUGGUCUACCACAAGACACAGACUUGGCUAGGUUGGAGCUGGAAGGUCUUAGGGUGGAAUUACGAGAUCUUACUUUGCAGCGGGAUAGCAUGUUUGAAAGUCUGGUGGAACGGGAGAGUCCCCAGAAAACGAGACCAUGA